UGGCUAGUACUUCCAAUACUGUCUCCUGUCAGUGGACGAUUUGCAACUGCAUCCAAACCUGUGAUUUCCAUCCUUCCUCCAUGGACUGUCAUCUUCCAAGGACAGACAGUGGAACUGACGUGCAAUGUAUUUCCCUUCUACACACCAAAGAAAAUAAAAUGGUUCCUUGGGACAGAAAGAUCAAGUGAAACCCCAGUGAAUACUCUUGAGGUUAAUGAAUCUGGAGAGUACAGAUGUCAGGCCCAGGGCUCACCCCUCAGUAACCCUGUGCACUUGGUCUUUUCUGCAGCUUCGCUGAUCCUGCAGGCUCCACUUUCUGUGUUUGAAGGAGACUCCGUGCGUCUGAGAUGCCAGCAGACGGCAAAAGUAGCACUGACUACUCUGAAAUUUUUCAGGAAUGCAGUUCUGAUACUCUCUAGUGAAAGCUCCGUCUUCAACAUUGAUAAUGCAAGUGUGAAGGACAAUGGCGUAUAUCACUGUACUGGAUAUAAGAAAAAUAAUAUCUCCGUUUCUUCAAACACAGUUGAAAUCCAAGUCCAAGAGCUGUUUCCACGUCCUGUGCUGACAGCCAGCCCCUCCCAGCCCACAGAGGGGAGCCCCAUGACCCUGACCUGUGAGACCGAGCUUUCUCCGGAGAGGUCAGCCAUCCUGCUCCAGUUCUGCUUCUUCAGAGAUGACCAGACCCUGAUACCAGGCUGUAGCAGCUCCCCAGAACACCAGAUCACUACCAUGCGGACUAAAGACUCAGGGUCCUACUGGUGCGAGGCAAAGGCAAUAACUUACAAGAUCAAGAAACAGAGCUUGGGUUUCCAGAUACAUGUGCAGAUCCCUGUGUCUCAUCCUGUCCUCACCCUCAGCACUCCUGAGGCCAGGGUUCACGAGGGAGAUGUGGCGACACUUUACUGUGAAGCCCAAAGAGGCUCUCCCCGCAUCCUGUACCAGUUUUAUCACGAGGACAUCCUCCUGUGGGACAUAUUUAUGCCCUCUGGAAAAGCGUCCUACAGCUUCCCUGUGACCGCACAGCACUCUGGGAACUACCACUGCACAGCCAGCAAUGACUUCAGCCACCAGCGCAGUGGGGCAGUGAGCCUCUCCGUCAUCGUUCCAGUGUCUCGCCCUGUCCUCACCCUCAGGGCUCCCAGGACCCAGGCUGUGGUGGGGGACAUGGUGGAACUUCAUUGUGAGGCCCUGAGGGGCACUCCCCCGAUCCUGUACCACUUUUAUCAUGAAGAUGUCACCCUGGGGAACAGCUCAGCCCCAUCUGGGGGAGGUGUGUCCUUCAGCAUCUCCCUGACCACAGAACAUUCUGGAAGCUACUCCUGUGAUGCCAACAAUGGCCGGAGGACCCAAUGCAGUGACACAGUGUCACUCAGUGUCAUGAUUCCAGUGUCUCACCCUAUCCUCACCCUCAGAGCCCCCAGGGCUAAGGCUGUGGUUGGGGACAUGGUGGAGCUUCACUGUGAGGUCCUGAGGGGCUCUCCUCCAAUCUUGUACCAGUUUUAUCGUGAGGAUGUCACCCUGGGGAGCAGCUCGGCCCCCUCUGGAGGAGGAGCAUCCUUUAACCUCUCCCUGACCACAGAACACUCUGGAAACUACUCUUGUGAGGCUGACAAUGGCUUGGGGGCUCAGCGUAGUAAGGUGGAGACUCUCAAAGUCACAGUUCCAGUGUCUCGCCCCGUCCUCACCCUCAGGGCCUUUCGGACCCAGGCUGUGGUGGGGGACGUGGUGGAGCUUCACUGUGAGGCCCUGAGAGGCUCUCCCCCAAUCCUGUACCGGUUUUAUCAUGAGGAUGUCAUCCUGGGGAGCAGCUCGGCCCCUUUUGGAGGAAGAGCAUCCUUCAACUUCUCUCUGACUACAGAACAUUCUGGAAACUACUCCUGUGAGGCUGACAAUGGCCUGGGGACCCAGUGCAGUGAGGUGGUAACACUUUCUAUUACAGGGCUGACUGGGAACAGAAGUGGUCCUAUAGCCACUGGAGUCACCGGGGGGCUGCUCAGCGUGGUGAGCCUUGUUACUGGGGCACUGCUGCUGUAUUGCUGGCUCUCAAGAAAAGCAGGUGGAAGGCUUGCCUCUGACCUCUCCAGGAGCCCUUCAAACUCUGACCCCCAAGAACCCACCUACCACAAUGUACCAGCCUGGAUAGAACUGCAACCAGUGUACAGCAAUGUAAAUCCUAGAGGAGGAGACGUGGUUUACUCAGAAGUAUGGAGCAGCCAAGGAGAAAACAAGUAUGCAGCAGCCUCUGCUCCAGCACUUCUCAGGCACCAGGGCUCCACUGUCAUCUACUCCCAGGUGAAGGUGGCAUCAGCCCCAGCCUCCGGGACCCAGCUCUUGGCCCCCUCGGCUCCUCACAGAUGA